CACGCAGGAGAGCAGAAGGUUUAGGGAAAGACUUGGUCGGGAUUGUGGGGAGGAACAGAAACAGCUUCGCAACAUCACUAUUAAGCUUCAGACGUCCAGUACUAAUACCGGCACCACCUCCAACACAGCCGCUCCACCGAGUCCCUCGCCGCUCACCGGCACUACGCACUAGCAGACCAGACGGUGCGUCCUCAGCGCCUCCUGAGCGAGCUCUGUCGGAUCAGAGAGAGAGAGAGAGAGAGGAGAGAGAGAGAGAGAGAGAGAGAGAGGGGUAGUUUUCUCUGACAUUAUAGGGACUCAUACCACGUAUUGUAGGUUACUUUUUUUUCCUCUCGGCGCCGUCCUCCUGCUUAGUUGCGCUCCUGGAUUUUAAGUGCGUCUCGGCGAACUCCGUCCCCCAUCAAGCAGCGGCUCCAACCUUCCUGUCAAACGGCCGGACCAAACACCCGGCGGACCGCUUGUUGUAGCCUUCUCUCGCUUCACUCGGGACAAGAUUUCAGAUAAAGUACAGAUGCUGGAAUCUUUGAGUUGAUUGAAACAAAUAGAAAGCAGGAAAAAAAAGAAGAAAAGACAAAGCAAAGGAAGAGCGGAAACGUGAAGAGAAACGGGAGAGAGAGAAGAGAAGAAGAAAGAGAAGAGAGAAGAAAGCUUGAAGUUCUUUAGAAAGAGGAGAGAAAGAAAGAGACGGGGACGAUGGGGAGGAAAAAGAUUCAGAUCACGCGGAUUAUGGAUGAACGCAACAGACAGGUGACAUUUACAAAGAGAAAGUUUGGCCUGAUGAAGAAGGCGUAUGAGCUGAGCGUGCUGUGUGACUGUGAGAUUGCCCUGAUCAUCUUCAACAGCACCAACAAGCUGUUCCAGUAUGCCAGCACAGACAUGGACAAGGUCCUGCUUAAAUACACUGAGUACAAUGAGCCCCAUGAGAGCAGGACCAACUCUGAUAUUGUGGAGACAUUGAGAAAGAAGGGCCUAAACGGCUGUGACAGCCCAGAUCCCGACGCAGAUGACUCGGUUGGCCACAGCCCCGAGUCUGAGGACAAGUACAGGAAAAUAAACGAGGACAUUGAUCUGAUGAUCAGCAGACAGAGACUGUGUGCCGUGCCCCCAUCGAACUACGACAUGCCCGUGUCCAUUCCUGUUAGCAACCAGAACAAUCUCAUUUACAGCCAUCCCGGUGGAUCCUUAGGCAACCACAAUCUGUUGCCACUGGCACACCACGGCCUACAGAGAAACAGCAUGUCUCCUGGAGUUACACACAGACCCCCCAGUGCAGGUAAUACAGGUGGCCUCAUGGGUGCCGACCUUACCACUGGCGCAGGCACCAGUGCUGGAAAUGGAUAUGGGAACCACCGCAAUUCGCCUGGUCUGCUGGUUUCUCCAGGUGGCAUGAACAAGAACAUGCAGACUAAGUCUCCCCCACCCAUGAACCUGGGCAUGAACAACCGCAAACCUGACCUACGUGUGCUCAUCCCCCCUGGUGCCAAGAACAACAUGCCGUCCAUUUCUGAGGAUGUCGAUCUGCUAUUGAACCAGAGAAUAAACAACUCUCAGUCUGCUCAGUCACUGGCCACCCCAGUGGUAUCAGUAGCAACUCCUACUCUACCAGGACAAGGCAUGGGCGGUUACCCAUCUGCCAUUUCUACUUCUUAUGGUACCGAGUACUCCCUGAAUAGCACAGACCUGUCCUCCCUGUCUGGCUUCAACAGUGGCAGCUCUCUACACCUUGGUUCAAUGAGUGGGUGGCAACAGCAACACCUUCAGAACAUGCAGCAUUCAGCGCUGGGCCAGCUAGGAAAUUGUUCUAGCUCUCACUUAUGUCAGGGUUCAAAUCUGUCCCUGCCCUCUGCUCAAAGCCUCCACAUCAAGUCCGAACCUGUUUCUCCUCCUAGAGAUCGCACCAGCAGCACACCGGGGGGCUACGGUGGCGGGGUGCCACCUCCCCAGAACCCCUCGUCCCGCCAGGACUCGGGACGCUCCCCUGUUGAUAGCCUGAGCAGUUGUAGCAGCUCCCAUGAGGGCAGCGACCGCGAUGAGCACAGGAAUGAGUUCCACUCACCUCUGGGACUGGCCCGACCCGCCCUGGAUGAGCGUGAGAGCCCCUCCAUCAAACGGGUACGCCUGUCAGAAGGAUGGGCGACAUGAUUGCACUGUCCACUCCUCUGCAGUGCCCCAAGUUGCCCCGAGCUCCCGACAAUGCAGCAUUACGAUGCCCCACAGUCAGCUCCCUCCUCUUCCUCCUCGCGCUCGAUCUCAUGAGUCACUCACCGCCCAACCCCAUGGCCUCUCUCCUUUUUUCUCUUUAUUGCAGAAGGAAAGCAAAGGGACAACCCUUUCCAAAAAUCUGUUUGUAAUUUCUUUUCCUUAUUUUUUGUUCCUUGUUUUGAUUUUGCUGAGUGUGCGUGUGCGUGUUAUACAUAUUGACAUUAUAUAAAGCAGUUGGGUGUUGUAAUGGGGGCUUGGGAGGGUAGUUGUUGUUUGGGAUGGGAUCUGGGGGUAUUUUUGUUGGGGAACUAUGCAUAAAUUGUAUUGUGGAAAAAAAAAAGAAUCAUGUAUGCAUAUAUCUUAACACGUGUAACACGUGUCUACAGAUGUGCAUAUCAACAAAUACAAAAAAAAAGGUCAGGUACUCUGUUUCAUAAAACGUACUUACAAUUUGCCCCAGUGCUAUAUCAGUGAAUAGAGACAAAAAAACAACAAAAAAACAACAAAAAAAAACAAGAUGAGCGUGGUUGUGUCCAGUGAAAAACACCUUAGCACUUGAGUUGGACAAACAAUACAUGUGUACAGUAUCAGUUUCAUUGCUAUAGACCUUCUCUGCAGUUUUACCUUGCAAAAAUGUGUGUUAACAUUAGAUGAUGUCAUGUUGCAGGUUCAACGUAUUUAUGUAAAUAGCGGGUCAAGGGGGUAAAAGGGCCUGGGGUCAAAAGUCGCCAGACAUUACAAGAUUUAUUUACUCACUAAAUGAAAAAGCUAUUAUGCAACAUUUGAAGGAUUGUACAGGUAAACGAGAAAACCCGAUGCUAGAUGUGUGGAACCCUUGAUCGUUUUCGUGCUCCCCUUAAAGAACGGAGUGAGGACCACUCUUUGAUCUAAGAGCUAUGUCGGCGUAAUCAAGAAAAUCUCUGGAUCUAGUAUUAACUAUUCAGUAUUGAUAAACAAAAAAAGAGAAAAAAACAAUUGUACAAUACACUUGCUUAUAUUUUCAUAUGAAAGGAAUAAAAUGCAAAGCAUUUUUGUGGCUUUUUGUAGUUUCUAUAAGCCAGAAUGUGUUUUUUGAUAGCUUUGCCAAUAAGAGAUGGAUAGUUCACCCAGAGGGGAAAUGACAGGGCUUCAAGCCCCCAAGCCAUGAAAAACAGACUGAGAUCCAAUGCUUUGCUGAACUGUUUAAUCUUUGUAGAGGUUUGUUUUUAAACGUGUAUUUCUUAUUAUAUAUAAUAAUGGUAAUAUUAAGAAUCUUUUAAAAAAAAAUCUGUGAAAUUAACAUGCUUGUGUAUAGCUUUCUAAUAUAUAAAUAUAUAUAAUAAUGAUUUUUUUUGUUGGUUUCUUAGUGAAGUUUCUAUGUGCUGUUGCACAUGUUGUCUGGUUUGUUUCAUUUUAACUCUGAACAGGGCUGUUUGGGCGGGGUGUUUAGACUAACCUUAAAAACCAGCUGGAAAGCAUUGCCAGGGUUGAAGCCUGAAUGCUGAAAAACCUAAUUUCUAGUGGAAAAUGUCACGAGGCUGAAUCUGGAGACCACACAGAAAUAAAUGUUGACACGUAACGUACACGAUUGUCACACUGAUGAGGAAAUAUGACAAAGCCGGAGUCUCCGAAUACAUUUUUAUGCAUCCGGAUAUUUCGUUAGGAGUCCAAAUUAUUAUAAUUUAAUAAUCGCAGUCAUAAAACAUAGAUUUGACCUCAUCGAUUUUGAAUACCACCUUCAAUUUUCGACCCAGUCUACCUUGUGUUCGAGAUGUCGCUCAGACGCAAACUGUAAAAUCUUCCUUUGAAUCGCAUUAACGUAAUGCGAUUUAUGCAUCGUGAUUAAGUACUCUUGUUUUCAAACCUAAUUUAAUUCUGUGUCGCUCCAGUCUCGAAAACAGGGUUCCACAUCCUUUACCACACUGUCACAGACAGUUCAGCGUAAGACACAAAAAAGAACAAACUGAUCAUGCUGGUAUGGGAGAAGCACAAUUGUUUAUUCUUGAUGAAUAGCUUUGAUUUUCUCUUUUUUAAACAAUGAAACUAGCCACAUAUCUCUCCGCCUCCCACACCCGUAUCUGCUGUCACUUAAGUGUUAUGAUAUUUCUAUGUGCAUAUUUCAUGCAGGAUCACUAGGUUGUUACUGUAUACAGUCUGUGUAGUCAAAUGGGGCAGAGCCUCUAUAACAGUGUUUUUCUUCUUCUUUUUUUUUAAAACUUCAAUAGAAAAAAAAAGGUUGGGAAAAAAAUAAACAUGAUGUUUCAGGCAGCAUAAGUGUGGAGAAACCAAAGCCAGUGGCAUUUCUGUGUUGUAAAGUCAGCUUUUAUUUUCACAUUCAUUUAUGGGUUGUUUUUUUUUUUUUUUUUUGCAAGCAUUGAAACAAGAUAAUAAAAGAUUCUGCUUAAAUUCACAACUGUUUUCACAUUUCACUUUCAGUUAGUUAUUGUAGCUUUAGCCAUCAAACUGCAUUGUCCAUAGGAAUCGUAUUAAUUUACCUGUUUUCUUGUUCAUUUGUCUCCCUGUGCAGCGUAUCGAAAAAGGUUACAUGGGAAAAAAAAACAAAAAGAAAAGGAAAAACGCAUUUUCUAUUUACAAUUUGUUACUUAACUCGGAAUCAUUCAGGCCCGUGUGAAAGCUAUACUUGUUUUUCACUUCAUCAAUCAACAUUACACACUGCUUGCUCGCUGAAUAAAAUAAUGCCAACAUGUCCUGACAGUUAAUUAGAGUGCUAUAGUUUUGACAGUAUUUUUAACCAAAGACAUGGAGAAAGCUUGUCUUUAUAUCUUUGAUGUGUUUUUUUUCUUCUUCUUCUUUCUACGUUUGUUCAAUUUGAAGCCAAUUUUUUUCUUCAUCUGUUGAUCAGUUGUUCUUUGUCAUUACUAUAUCAGACUAAAUGUUGGUACCUCAAAAUUGACCCAAGCAGUACCUCAGCUGAUUUUUUGAUAAGUCACUUAACGUGCAAAGGGGAGACCAUUCACCUGUACAGCCAUGUGUAAUAACAAUUGCUUAAGGUCCCAACAUUCACAUGCUACGGGAUUCUUUGUUGCUCCUCUGUGUUUGUGGUUUAUUUAAGUUGUACUCAAAAGCUGAAAUUUAAAAAAAAAGAGUAAUAUGUUAAAAUACUUAAAAAGUCAGUCUGUAGUUUCAAUGUAGCUUGUAUAAACCUGAUGAUGGGGGCGGACGUUUGUAACUAAGGUUUUUUGGAAUGCAGGAGCGGCUUUCAGCGGCAUAAGCUGGCCUUUGUCGCCACUUGAGACUAAGAUGGUAUUAAAUUAAAAUCACAUCUCUGUAACUCAAGGGACUUGAUUCAGCUGUAUGUAGUGAAAACGUAUGGGGAUGAAAUAAAAGUCUCCUCUGCAGGAGGGAAAGGCUAUUUGUAUUUUGCAGAGAUUUCAGUAAAGUUACUGGCUUUCUUAGUUA